AUGAGCGACACAUCCUCGAUCAGCUCUGAAAAGCAGGAGCAGACGUACCAUCCAGAGAUGCGUCCGCAAAGAAUUGCAACCACACAUUCUGUGCGUUCCACGCAAACUGAAAUUGCCAUAGAGAAGAUUGUGUCUGAGUUGCAAGAGGGAAUGGGUGCUCUCGGGCCCUUGGAAGAACCCUUGGACAUCAAGAAGACCCUCACCCACCCAGACACCCACUCGGUGCCCCAUCCAGAAGACCCUUGGGGGUACCUUGUCGAUGUGGAUACCCAGUUACGUAUCGUUCAGUUUGUUGAUGGAGAUGUAGAGAACCCAUUGAACACAAGGGUUGCCAAGAAGUGGAUCUAUACGUCGUUGCUAGGAAUCAUUUGCUUUGUGGUGGCCCUUGGGUCUGCCAUUGUCACGGGGGAUUUGGAGGGUCCCAGACAUACCCUUGGGGUCAGUGAAGAGGUGAUCAUCUUGGCCUCUGUCACGAUGUUUGUGCUUGGGUUUGGCUUGGGACCGUGUGUGUUUGCGCCUCUUUCCGAAGAGAUUGGCCGUAAGCCGAUCUAUGUAUCGACCUUGGGGGUUGCUGUGAUUUUCAUCAUCCCCUGUGCCUUGGCCAACAACAUCGCCACCUUGAUCGUUUGUAGACUCAUUGAUGGGAUCGCCUUCUCGGCACCCAUGUGUUUGAUUGGUGGGUCAUUAGCAGACAUCUGGGAGGCCAAGGAUAGAGGUGCAGCCAUGGCCGUUUUCUCUGCUGCUCCCUUCUUGGGUCCCGUCAUGGGCCCCAUCUUUGGUGGGUUGCUUGGAGACUUUGCCCCCACUUGGAGAUGGAUCUACUGGGCUUUCCUCAUCAUUGCUGGCUUCUUCUAUGCCAUCUUCAUCGUGGUAGUUCCCGAAACCCACCAUGCCACCAUCCUCAGAAAGAGAGUCAAGCACUUGCGUAAGCUCACCGGUGACGACUCCUACGUUGCCUUCGCCGACCUCAAGAAACGGACCUUGGCCGAAGUCCUUGAAGGCUCGAUGCUCCGUCCAUUCGUCUUGCUCAAGGAACUCAUUGUCUUCUUGAUCACCUUGUACAUGUCCGUUCUCUAUGGCUUGCUCUACAUGUUCUUCUUUGCCUACCCCAUCGUCUACAUGGAAGGGAAGGGCUGGUCUGCGUCCAAGACUGGGAUCAUGUUCAUCCCCAUCGGGGUCGGAGUCAUCUGCGCCACCUUGAUUGCUCCCUUCAUCAACCGCGAUUACAACAGAAGGGCCCAAGAGUACCGUGACCGUGGUGAGCUUCCUCCAGCAGAGCUCCGUCUUAUCCCCAUGAUGUAUGCCUGUUGGACCAUCCCAGCGGGACUCUUUAGUUUUGCCUGGUCCUCGUACGAACACAUCUCGUGGGCGGGGCCAUGUUUCAGUGGGUUUGCCUGUGGUCUCGGCUUUGCUUGCUUGUACAACCCGGCCAAUAACUAUGUCGUGGACUCGUACCAGCACUAUGCCGCCUCCGGCUUGGCCGCAAAGACCUUUGUCCGGUCCAUCUGGGGUGCCUGUGUCCCUCUUUUCACCAUCCAGAUGUACCACCGUUUGGGCUACGAAUGGGCGUCCUCCUUGAUGGCGUUCAUCUCCUUGGCCUGCUGCGCCAUCCCGUACCUCUUCUACAUCUACGGGGCCAGAAUCAGAACCUUCACCAAGUACGCCUACUCCCCGGAGAUGGACACCAAGAGAGAUGUGGAGACCCAGAAGUAG